UUCAUAAUUAAAAAUUUGUCGUUUAUUUAACUUCUAACUGCAAAAGUUAACUAAUAUAUAGUAGUUAAAUGAUAAAUUAGAUACAUACAAGCAAAUAACCAUAUAUUAUUGUAAAAUCAAAUUAGCAUAAAAAUUGAAACAUUAGGAAGAUAGUUCUAUUUUUCUUGAAAAAAAAUAGACAUUUAUAUAAAAAUGGAUAAAACUCAAAAAUUAAAAUUAGUCAAGGAUUCUAUUAAGAAUUAUGAUGAUUUUCCUAAACCUGGUAUUAAUUUUUUAGAUAUAUUCCCUGUAUUCCAAAAUACAUUUGCAUUAAAAGCUUUGAGAGAUCUGCUAGUGGAACAUAUUUUGUUCCUUGAAGUUGAUUUGAUUGUAGGUUUGGACUCCCGUGGAUUUUUACUUGGUCCAAUGGUAUGUAUAGAAAUUGACAAGCCUUUCAUACCAAUCAGAAAAAAGGGGAAACUUCCAGGAAAGGUUUUAAGUCAGAACUAUGCUUUGGAAUAUGGAGAGUCCACAUUGGAAUUACAAGUGGAAAGCGUUAAAGAAGGUACUCGAGUGCUUAUAAUUGAUGAUUUAUUGGCAACUGGAGGCUCUAUUGGUGCAGCUGUAAAUUUAUUAAAAUCUGUAAAUGCAAAAAUAGUAGAAUGUUUAGUGGUAAUAGAGUUGACUAAAUUAAAGGCACGAGAAAAACUCAAUGUACCUAUUCACUCAAUUAUUCAAUUUUGAUAACAAAGAGUAAUUACACAGAUGCAUAAAAAUUGUAUAUAAAAUCAAGGUACAAAUUAAUAAAUAAUAAAGAAAUUUUCUAUAUGUAAAAUGAAGUAUAACAGAAAUAAAAUAUUUUUUCAAAUAAGAA